AUGGCAGAGGAAGCUUGCCAAAGCCUCGGUGGACAUCUCGUUUCUUUCCAGGAAGGCUUAGAAAACGCAAUGGUUGCAGCAUGUUCUCAGUCUCGUGCAUACGUGUGCGCCAUCUCUACCAUCGUUCCUGAAGUCACCUGCCCUCCAUGUCCUACUGCCACCAGGUCUCGCUGUCAGUCAGGUUGGACCUAUUUCGCAAAGACGAACUCAUGUUACAAGUAUUUCCUGUGGGCAAGUUUCGAGAAUGCUGAGAAUAUUUGCAAAGCAAAUGGUGGCCACCUAGCUUCCAUUCACAGUCUCGAGGAGAACAACUUCGUAGCGACGAUGGGGAUGUCAGGCAUCACAUACACUAACGAUGCUGAUUUGACGUGGAUUGGCUUGAAGCAAGCAACUUAUCCGACUAGCAAAGAUUGGUCGUGGACAGACGGCAGCCCAGUCGACUUCAUGUUCUGGGGUCCCGGACAACCUGAUGACGCAGGAGGAUCUGAGCACUGUGUUGAGGUCUUCAGUGACCACACCGGUAAAGACCCUGCCAAAGACGGAAACUACCAACGAUGGAACGACAUGCCAUGCGCCACAAAUAUGAGAUCCUAUGUUUGCAAAAAAGCAUCAAUGAAUGAAUAUGGAUGUGGGAGGGCCUCUUCGUAG